UAAGCAAGCGCGACGCAGAAGGCGUCGGGGUCAGCGGGAUGGCGGCGGUCGCAGUUCUGACUCCGGCGCUGCGGUGCUCACUGGGGCGGCACCGAGCGCUGAGCGGCUCUGCGGGUCGCUGCGGAAGGCGGCCUUUCCCCGCCGACGGGGCGUCCCUGAGGCCCUGCAGCACGAGGGUGGCUCCAGACGGCGUCAACAAAGCCGUCGUAGAUCGCAUCAUCCGCGUGGACCAUGCCGGGGAGUACGGUGCUAAUCGCAUCUACGCCGGGCAGAUGGCCGUGCUGGGCAGGUCGACCGCGGGGCCGCUCAUCCAGCAAAUGUGGAAUCAAGAAAAGGAACACCUGAAAAAGUUUAAUGAGUUAAUGAUUGCAUACAGAGUCCGACCUACUGUCCUAUUGCCUUUUUGGAAUGUAGCAGGCUUUGUUUUAGGGGCUGGAAGCUCUCUACUUGGAAAGAAGGGUGCAAUGGCUUGCACAGUGGCUGUGGAAGAGAGCAUAUCAGACCACUAUAACAACCAGAUCCGAACUCUAAUGGAUGAAGAUCCAGAAAAGUACAAAGAACUGAUGCAGAUAAUAAAGCAAUGUCGGGAUGAUGAACUGGAGCACCAUGACACUGGGCUUGAGCACGAUGCAGAGAGAGCACCAGCUUAUUCUGUUUUGAAGACGGUGAUACAGCUUGGGUGCAAAGCUGCAAUAUAUUUAUCAGAAAGAAUUUAGUGCUAUUUUCCAAUGAUGCUUGCAGUAAUAAACUGUGAAACAAAAUCUUUAUUUUA